AUGUCCUCCCCGGCAUCUUCUUCGUCAUCCCGUUCACCGCGCAGGCGCCCUCUGCGCGAGAGGUCCAAUUCUCAACAAAACACGCUGGCUAGUGGUAUUCGUCUCGUCCCAUAUUCUCCCCCCCGGCCCGAGACAACCAGCAGUGCAUCGGAGACGGAAUCCUCCCGUCAGGACGAGGGCGACCAUGACGCCACACAUAAUUCCAGUCCGACGGCACGGAGAAAAAGAUCGUCGGAAAAAGAGGCUUAUCUUGCUACGAGCCCAGCUUCCGCAUUGUCCUCGCCCUCGUCUUCCACGUCCACUUUGGUAAGGGCCAAGGGGAGAAGCGUUUCAGGCACGAAACUCGGUUCGGGCUCGACUGGUGCAGGGCCAUCCACCCCUCCCCCUGCACUUCGCAGAGGCUCGUAUGGAGGCAAUGUCAGCGUCGUUAAUGCACCGUCUCGUCAUGACCGCCCCCUAGCCUCCCCGUCCAGGAGGAGUCCCCGGCCAAGAGUGGACAAAAUCAUCUCCGUCAAUUCUGACAAGACCUUCUCUAUUGUACUGAAGCCCACACGUGCACCUGACGGGACGGCAGCCGACCAGGAUCGCAGCUCGAACACCCCCUCUCAGUCUAACUAUUCGACGACUAGCUCGCAUGAAGGAAUCUCGUUUGAUGCACCACAACACGAUCGGGAUUUCGAACCCAGUUCUCCACCCACUUCCGUCGCCGAGCGUAGUGUCUCGCCUUACUCACCUGCUUCAACGCCAGUGCCCGAGGAACACAACAGCAGCGACUCGCCUUGGAACUAUUGCAUGGUCGGUGGCCUGCGUAAGGUCCCAACUGUACCCGCCGCACACCAAACAGGCAAGGACAAAGAAGUAGCUCCUCUGUCCAUUAGUCUGCCACCAGUGGCAGAAGACCCGUCAUCGCAAGCCCAAUCUUCUCCGCUGGCUGCGAAGCCGUCAUUUAACUCUGAGAGCUCUGAGCAGACAAAUACGACCAUAGAGGAGACGACCAACUACAAAGUGCUAGGGCGCAGUUCCCCACCGUGCCACUCAGACUCGGACAGCGUCGAGGCAACACCAUCUAGCCAUUCCAACUACCAAUUGCUCGGGGAAUCCUCUCCCGUGCAUCCUUUCGUCUCAUCUCCCCUGCGGGAAUUAUCGAACACUGAUACACCAGGGAGCAAGAACUUCAUCGUCCACAACUACCCGUCCUUAUCGUCCUUCGAUACUGACUCGAGAAGCCCACGUCCUAAAUACUCCGACGACAGUCUCGCUCUCCCAGGAGAGCAAGACUCACUACUGCAGGAGCAACCGUCGGAAGAGAGUUCAGGUGUACGGGGCAAAUACUCGCAGGAGAGCUUAGUUGUACCGCCACUAAAACCACGCAAGAGGUCGUCGUCGGAAAAGUUUGGAUACUACAAACAGAGGUCACGAGAAUCUCUACGGGGACGUGCUAGCUCGUUCUCGUCCAUCUCUAGCAUUAUUAACCAGGACGUCACCUCAACCUACCUGGCCAGUACCCCUAAUCUCGUUCGCCUGGGCAGCACCCCUUCGACUACGUCACUGAAUCAGCCUUCAUGGGCGAGACCGUCCAGCGCCGUCCCUUCACGGUUACGCAUGGAACCGGAGCCGCAUGUAUGGAGCUCACAAUUGUCGACAGUCAUGUCUGAAUACGAGGGCAGCGAGCGAGACUCGCGAGCUCUGUCACUAACGGAAUCCCACUCGCUGCCCUCGCGCCAGGAUUCCCGUAGCAUGAGUGGUCUCAGUAUGACUGGCGGCCGUACGAGCAGACACAGUCGACACAUUUUGAGUAUAUCCUCUUCGGUAGCCCCGGCAGAGGAGGUCUCUCUACCGCGGUCACAGCCCGGAAGUGACUCGUUAGACCGGCCCGGUCCGUCUUUCGCACGAAGCCCGCGGGAGCUUCCCUCCCCGCCGAUUCGCAUGGUCCGCGACGUCGACGAAGACGGCGACGGUCUGGCUGAUCUUCACGACAUCCAAGAGCUGAACCAUAAAUCCUCACGUCCCCGUAUGUCGCCACGCCUCGCCAGCAAGUCUUCGGAUAGAAGCAUUCGUUCUUCGGCAAGCUCCCGAAUCGGAAGCAUAUCAAUUUCGUCCCUUCCGGCAUGGGCACGCGUAUAUUAUGGGAGUGGUGAGAAACGAUUAGCAGUGCCAUCCGUCAUGUCCUACUCCGACGACAGCCGGCCCGGGAGCUCGUGGGUUGGCAGCGCAUCGCCCUCCAACGAAAACUUGCCGAUAUUCAGUCCCCGCAGGCGUCCGAGGGAAAUGCAUCCGAAUGGAGAUAGACCCGACUCGAUGGAGAUCACACCCGUGAGCAUGGGUAACUUCCGGCGCGGGGUGCGGAAGAUGACGUCCAGUAUCUGGUCGCCCCAUCUCGAUCACGAUCGACGAGCAAGCCGCUACAGCAUGUGGCAGCCGCCCUCUAUGACAUGGUCAGCAGAGGGCGGGCUUGGGCGACGCAACAUCCAAGUCGUCUUGUUCGCUUUAGGAUUUAUAUUCCCAUUCGCAUGGAUGAUCGCCGCCUUCUUGCCGCUACCCCCGGCGCCACAAUUCGACAUGAUGGAACGGGACCACAGCACCACCAUGUUUGGCAUUCCCGAGGAGCCGGAGCCAUUUCAGAGACGUGUGGAGCGGGGUGACGACACGCGGUACCAGAGUGCUCUCUGGUGGCGGAGGCUGAACCGGUUCAUGUCCUUCGUCGGCUUGCUCAUUAUCGGAGCCAUUGUUGCGCUGGCUGUCAUUGGGGUUCGCCAGAAGUGGAUGCAAACCAUGCGAGGAUGA